AUGUCCGGCAUUGACGAGAUAUUCAAGCAAUCCGGGCUCCCCAGCAAGCGGAAACUCGAGCGCGCCAGCGACCCCACACAAGUCUUCAAGUCGGUGAAGCGAUCCGCAAACGGCCACAGCCGGCACGCGCGCGUCGAGGAGGAACCACAACAAGACAGCGACGACGUCGAAGCCGGGCCAGCACCUCCCCCGCCUGACGAUGGCGGCGAGGACGACGAUGGCGGCGACUACGGCCCUGCAGCGCCGCCAGGCGACGAAGAAGAGAACGGCGACGACGACGAAGGGCGGUUCUUCGGCGGCGGCAUCACGGCACAAGAGAGGGAAGUGCUCGACUACAUAGACGACGCGGACAGCAAGCUGCCCUCCGCGCCCGAGAAGAUGGACGCGGCGUGGCUCAGGAAGACAGCACUCGCGUUCGAAAAACGCAUCUUGCGCAACGCGGAGCUGCGGGCGCGGCACGAGGAUGAGCCGGUGCGGUUCAUGGAGUCGGAGGCGGACCUGGACGGCGCGGUGCGCGCGCUGUCGAUCCUCGGCGAGCACCCGGAGCUGUACCCCGAGUUCGCGCGGCUGGGCAGCGCCGCGAGCCUGGUCGGCCUGCUGGCGCACGACAACACGGACGUGGCCAUCACCGUGGCCGAGAUCGUCAGCGAGCUGACGGGCGACGACGUGGCGGCCGCCGAGGCGCAGUGGGACGCGCUGGUCGACGCGCUGCUGGAGGCGGAUCUGCUAGGCCUGCUAGUCAGCAACUUUGCGCGGCUCAACGAGUCGCAGGACGCCGACCGCGAGGGCGUCUACCACGCGCUGGGGGUGCUGGAGAACCUGUGCUCGCGGCCCGACACGGCCGAUAAGAUCGGGCGCGACGAGGCGCUGCUGCGGUGGCUGCUGGGGCGCGCGCAAAAGGCCGAGCGGCCCGUGACGCAGAACAAGCAGUACGCGGCCGAGAUCCUGGCCAUCAUGGUGCAGUCGUCAGCAACAAACCGGCAGCGGCUAGUGGACCUCGACGCCGUCGACGCGCUGCUGCAGCUGGUGGCGGCGUACCGCAAGCGCGACCCCGAGAAGGGCGGCGACGAGGAGGAGUACAUGGAGAACCUGUUCGGGGCGCUGACGUGCCUUGCGGACGAGCCGGUGGGCAAGGAGAAGCUGGUCGACGCCGAGGGCGUAGAGCUCUGCCUGAUCAUGCUCAAGGAGGGUAAGAAGAGCAAGCCGGCGGCGCUGCGCCUGCUGGACCACGCGGCGAUGGGGCUCAGCGGCACGGGGGUCUGCGUCAAGAUUGUCGAGGCCGGCGGGCUCAAGCCGACGUUUACGCUGUUCAUGAAGACCAAGGACGGCAAGACGACGGAGCACCUGCUGGGCAUCUUUGCGUCGAUGCUGCGGCUGCUGCCCGUGGACUCGGCCGAGCGCAUCCGCCUGCUGGCCAAGUUCGUCGAGAAGGACUACGAAAAGAUAGACAAGCUGCUCAAGCUGCGAAGGGGCUACGGGGGUCGCGUGGCUGCCGUGGACGCGCAGAUCAAAGUGGACCAGCAAAGCAUGGGCAGCGAGGAGAAGGCGGUGAUGGAAGACGAGUGGUUCUCGCACCGGCUGGACGCGGGGCUCUUCUGUCUCCAGACUAUCGACGUGAUUCUUGCCUGGCUCAUCGCUGAGGACUCGGGCGCCAGGAAGAAAAUCGAAGCUCUGCUUGCCGACCGCGAUGAGUCGGUGGCGGUCAUCAGGACGACCAUUCAAGAGCAGAUCGACGGUAUGGACGUUGAUUCUGAUGAAAGUUCGGACCUGCGCGAGAUGUUGAGAACACUGGCCCAGUUCUUGCAGUAG